AUGGACAGAGAAGAUGAGGUGGAGAUGAAGGAGGAAUCAGUAGAGGCUAGAGUGCAAGUGAUGGCGGCGUCUCGGUUCAGGAGGAUAUGCGUCUUCUGUGGGAGCAGCAAGGGCAAGAAGACGAGCUACCAGGAUGCUGCCGUUGAGCUUGGCAAGGAGCUGGUAGCAAGGAACAUCGAUCUGGUGUACGGAGGAGGGAGCGUGGGGCUAAUGGGCCUGGUCUCUCAAGCAGUCUACAGCGGGGGCAGGCAUGUCAUUGGGGUGAUUCCCAAGACCCUUAUGCCUAGAGAGAUAACAGGUGAGACAGUGGGGGAGGUGAAGGAAGUGGCAGAUAUGCACCAAAGGAAGGCUGAGAUGGCCAGGCAAUCUGACGCCUUUAUAGCACUCCCUGGUGGGUACGGAACACUUGAAGAGCUCCUAGAAGUAAUCACUUGGGCGCAGCUUGGCAUUCACGAAAAGCCGGUUGGGCUGCUGAACGUGGACGGCUACUACAACGCGCUGCUAUCGUUCAUCGACAAGGCCGUGGAGGAAGGGUUCAUCAUGCCCACCGCUCGCCACAUAAUCGUGCUGGCUCCGACGCCCGACGAACUGCUCGACAAGCUCGAGGAGUACUCUCCUCGGCACGAGGAAGAUGAAGUCGUGACCAAGGCGAAGUGGGAGACAACAGAACACCUGAGCAUCUGCAAGAGCUUCGAGAUACCGUCGCUGGACGAAGGCAAGGCGAUCAUCCCAGCACAGCGAGGCAGCAUACUAUGA